CGUUUUCCGCAGCCCUAUUGCAAUUUUUUUUUUUUUACUGCAGAUGGCGCAGUAGCAAAGAGUACAUACAUUAGUAUAACAUUUUAUUGUGCUCCUAGUGUGGCCUGUCUAUGGUACCACGUGGGAAUGUGAUGUCACAGCCGUGCGCCGGGGAUUGUUAGAGUGCAAGCAUGGAAUCCUCCCUUAUGAGAGGUAAGAAAGACGGUAACCGAGGGGGCAGCCGUGGAAGAGGUGUUUCUGGGUCAAGAGGAAAGGGAGCUAUGAGAGGUCGUGGAUUCGGACGUCAAAUGGGUAGGGGACAAGAUUCUCACGGGCACAGGAAGGCUAAUCACAGAUGGAGACCUGAUCAGCACAAGGUAUUCGAGGGGAGCGCCAAGGAAGGACAAGGAUUUGCAUUAUGGAGAAAACAAAAGAUUCAGUUUGAAUAUAAAAAAUUGCAAAGAAAGCAAAGGAAAGGCAAUGUUUCAAAAGAACACAUGUUCACUGACAAUUAUCCGGAGCAUCUAAAGCACCUUUACUUAGCUGAAGAAGAAAUGAUAAAAAAACAAGAAAAAAGGAAGAGACCAGAAGAAGAUAAAGUGGAAGAAAAAGAGGAAAAAACACAAGAAAUACCUUUGAAGAAGUUUAAAAAGAAAACCGCAAACCAGAAAGCAAAAGACGACUAUGAAAAAGUACAGCAGGAACGAGCAAAGAAAAGAGAGGAGGCUGAGAGAAAUAGAAAGCAAAGAGAAGAGGCGCUCCAAUUAUACAAGAAAAAGAAAAUGGAAACUUUUAAAAUAUUGAAUACAAAGACAAAGAAAGGACAGCCAAACUUUAAUGUACAGAUGGAAUACCUGCUUCAGAAGAUACAGAAACCUUAGUAUUUUAUGAGAUAUUGAAUUUAAAAGGGCAUCAUCGCUGGUGCGUCAUUGGACUGUCUUCUCUUGUGAGAAAGUUGUAUCAAGGAAGCGGUUGUAGAAAUUCAAACUUUAUUUAAAAAAAAAAAAAUAAACAUUAUUUUAACAUUUCUACAAACACUUUUAAAUUAUCUUUAUAAGUAACCUGGCUGGUAAAAUGUAUCAUUUUGUGCUCUGCAAACUUUAGUUUAUGGAUAAGUAAAAAUUAAAAACCCAUGUUGCUUUUAA